ACGUGUUAGUGAGACACAUAUGUAUGUGAUAUGUCAAACGGUGACGUUGGACAACUGAAUUUUGAAGGUUAUCAAACGUUAGAGGUGUUUGAAUUUUAAAAUUGAUUAAAAUCAAGCAAAACAGAACAUCUUGUCGAUGCGGUUGAUCACCGUCUCGAUCGCCGUUUCUUUUUACUUUCCCGAGACGUUGUGUCCCAUCGUGACGGUGAACUACCGUGUAAAUAUUUAAAAAUUUUAGAGCAAAACUUAAGGUUAGGUAUAAUUUAAAGUAAUACAAUGGCUUUAGGUACAAUAUUGCAGAAAGCCAUAGACCUGGUUACCAAAGCCACUGAAGAGGAUCGUAACAAAAAUUAUGAGGAAGCACUUAGAUUGUACGAACAUGCUGUUGAAUAUUUCUUGCAUUCUAUUAAAUAUGAAGCACAAGGAGAUAGGGCAAAGGAAAGCAUAAGAGCAAAAUGUACACAAUACUUGGAAAGAGCUGAAAAAUUAAAAGCAUAUUUAAAGAAAAGUGUAAAAAAACCUGUGAAAGCAGGCAUAGAUAAUUCUAAAACAGAAGAUAAGAAGAGUGAUAGUGGAGACAGUGAUACAGAUAGUGAUCCAGAGAAAAAGAAACUUCAAAGUAAAUUGGAGGGUGCGAUAAUUAUUGAAAAACCAGAUGUCAAGUGGAGUGAUGUUGCUGGACUUGAUGGAGCCAAGGAAGCUUUAAAGGAAGCUGUUAUCUUACCAAUACGUUUUCCUCACCUCUUUACCGGAAAACGGAUCCCAUGGAAGGGUAUCUUAUUAUUUGGGCCACCAGGUACUGGUAAAUCUUACCUAGCAAAAGCUGUAGCAACAGAAGCCAAUAAUUCAACAUUCUUUUCUGUAUCAUCCUCUGACUUAGUAAGCAAAUGGCUUGGAGAAUCUGAGAAACUUGUAAAAAAUUUAUUUGAAUUAGCCCGCCAACACAAGCCCAGUAUCAUAUUUAUCGAUGAGAUAGAUUCACUUUGCUCGUCACGUUCUGACAACGAAUCAGAAUCUGCGAGAAGGAUAAAAACGGAAUUCUUGGUUCAAAUGCAAGGUGUCGGAUCAGACAAUGAUGGUAUACUGGUACUGGGAGCUACUAAUAUACCAUGGGUACUGGAUGCCGCCAUUAGAAGAAGAUUUGAAAAAAGGAUUUACAUUCCCUUACCCGAUGAACAAGCUCGUGUUAUAAUGUUCAAACUUCACUUAGGAAGUACUUCUCAUUGCCUAACAGAGGAAAACUUUAAGAAAUUAGCAGCUGCUACCGAUGGAUAUUCAGGAGCUGAUAUAAGUAUUAUUGUGCGAGAUGCGCUUAUGCAACCAGUUAGACAAGUUCAAACUGCAACGCAUUUUAAACGUGUAAGGGGACCGUCACCGAAAGAUCCUUCUAUUAUCGUGGAUGAUUUAUUGACACCAUGCUCACCGGGAGAUCCUGCUGCUUUUGAAAUGAACUGGAUGGAAGUUGAAGGUGACAAAUUGUACGAACCACCCCUAACUAUGAAAGAUAUGUUGAAAUCAUUAGCGACUACCCGUCCCACAGUGAAUGAAGAAGAUAUGACCAAGUUAGAGAAAUUUAAAGAAGAUUUUGGUCAAGAAGGUUGAUACUCACAGUUUUUUAAGGAAGUCACUAUACACUUCCAAAAGUAUACUUUGAUUAUACAUGCACUUGCCUUAUAUCUUCUUUAAUUACCGACAUUGCUAUACACAGUGUUUAAACAGUUUAAACAAAAACAUCUAAAUUCAAGUUUCUAUUUACAUUCUUUUUCUUUUUUCUUCUUUGUUUUGUUUCCCUUCAACAAUCAGUAUGCAGUAACAGUGACGACAUUUUAAGCUUGAUGCUUAUUUAUAAACACCGUUUUAUCAGAGCUAAUAUAAAAAUCACAGAAUGAACAAUAUAAAUAUAUUUUGAGAUAAAAAUUUGUUAGAUUUUAGUCGGCGAAAAAAAGCAAUAGACUGUUUUUUAUUCAGAAGUGCGAGGAAAAGUCGAUGUGCGGUCCGUAAUGUGUAAUGUAUAGUGAAUUCGCCGCGUUUUUAACUUAUAAUUACGGCUAUACUUGUACCUAACAAAUU